AUGGCACAGGAACGAGGACACUUACAGCUGCUCAGAGCUGAUGCUAUCCGUUCAAAGCUCAUUGACACUUUCUCGCUCAUAGAGCAUCUGCAGGGCUUGAGCCAAGCUGUACCAAGACACACUCUGCGGGAGAUAUUUGAUCCUUCUCAUCAGAAGAAACUCAUGGCUGGAGAUCAGGAGCAGCUAGUGCGCUUCUCCAUAAAGCCCCGGCGCAUGGGGCACAUUAGACACUCCCAGCGGAUGCUGAGCAGGUUCCGAGUGCGGUGCAGUCAGAGGCCACCUCUUUCCUUGUGGGCUGGAUGGGUUCUGGAGAGUCCUGUCUUCUCGAAUUUCAUCAUCUCCCUCAUCUUUCUGAAUACCUUUGUGCUGAUGGUUGAAAUAGAACUGAUGGCAACCACAAAUACUAGUCUGUGGCCAUUGAAGCUGGCUUUGGAGGUGGCAGAUUGGUUUAUCUUGCUUAGCUUCAUUAUAGAGAUCCUUCUAAUGUGGUUGGCCAGCUUUUUUCUCUUCUGGAAGGAUGCCUGGAGUGUCUUUGACUUUUUUGUUACCAUGUUGUCUCUGCUUCCUGAGUUUGUGGUGUUGAUAGGAGUCUCGGGGGACUCUGUGUGGCUCCAGCUGCUGAGGGUCUCUCGGGUGCUGAGGUCUCUCAAACUGUUUGCACGAUUCCCUCAAAUUAAAGUUAUUCUUUUGGCUCUGGUCAGGGCCCUGAAGAGCAUGACGUUCCUCCUGAUGUUGCUGCUCAUCUUCUUCUACAUUUUUGCUGUGACUGGUGUCCACUUCUUCAGAGAGUAUUCCCGUUCAACCAUCUCGGACCUGGAGUACAACAUGUUCUUCUCGGACCUACUAAAUUCUCUGGUGACAGUGUUCAUCCUCUUCACCUUGGAUCAUUGGUAUGCAGUACUUCAGGAUAUCUGGAAGGUGCCAGAAUCUAGCCGUGUCUUUAGCAGCAUCUAUGUGAUCUUUUGGUUGUUGCUUGGUUCCAUAAUCUUUCGAAAUAUCAUAGUAGCCAUGAUGGUUACCAACUUUCAGAAUAUCAGAAAUGAGCUGAAUGAGGAGAUGACCCACCUGGAGGUUCAGUAUAAAGCUGACAUAUUCAAGCAACAGAUUAUCCAGAGGAGACAUCAGUCUGAAUCAGUAAGAGGAACCAGUCAAGGAAGGAUCUCCGAAGACAUAACAGAAACUUCUGAUAUCAGUGAUGCCAAUGAAAGUGAUGCUGAUGAAAGUGAUGCCGAUGAAAGUGAUGCUGAUGAAAGCGAUAGUGACAAAAGCGAUGAACAGAAAAGUGAUGGCGAGAAAAGCAAUACUGAGAAACACUAUGCAGAGAAAAUCUAUCCAGAGAAAAUCUAUCCAGAGAAAAGUUAUUCAGAGAAAAGCUAUCCGGAGAAAAGCUAUGCCCAGAAAAGCUUUGUUGAGACUGAAGCUGAAAAAGUAAAAGAACAAGAGUUAAAAGAAAAGGCCCACCCGGCCUCUCCUCCCAACUCUUCAUCCCACGGCUCCACUGCAGCCGAUGCUGCUUUCAUCGAAAACUUGGACUGGGAGACUCUUGUGCAUGAGAACCUGCCUGGGCUAAUGGAUAUGGAUCAGGAUGACCGUGUUGUUUGGCCCAGAGAUUCACUUUUUCGAUAUUUUGAGUUACUGGAAAAGCUUCAGUAUAACCUAGAGGAGCGCAAGAGGUUGCAAGAAUUUGCAGUUCAGGCACUGAUGAGUUUUGAAGAUAAGUGAAGACACA